AUGAUGAUACGUGGUGCUAAAUACAGAAGAGAAACAGGAGGUAAGAACUUUCAGCAGAGAAAACAACACAUGGAUAAAAGGAACCGGUACUGUACACACUGUGCAAAAGCAGGACAUGCUAAGGAAACAUGCUUCAAACUACAUAGAUAUCCUGAAUGGUUUAAGGAGCUAGCUGAGAAGAAGAAGAGAUAUGGCACUGAUACUCGAACCUUGAAUGCAGUCACUUCUGAGACUGCUGCAGGUUUGCAACAAGAGGUAUCAACACAGAAUUUAUCUGCGAUGAUGAGCGAAUUGCUGCAAAUGAUGAAGGGAAAGAUACAAUCAGAUCCAACACAAGUACACUUCGCCAGAUUGGGCGAAUUUGCAGCAGGUACCUCUUUCAAUUUUCUGUCCAAUACCUUGGGUCCGAACUUGUGGAUUAUUGACAGUGGGGCUACGGCUCAUAUGUGCGCGAAUUUGCAGCUUAUGAGUAAUCUUAAACCUUAUAUAGCUGAUUCAUCGGUAAUUCUUCCUGAUGGAACAAAGCAUAAUGUUAUACACUGUGGAUCUGUUGCUCUAUCACACGACCUUUCUCUGAAUGCAGUCCUCCACGUGCCGAGCUUCAAACACAACUUGCUCUCAGUGAGCAAACUGGUUUCUUCGUCUAACAUUGCCUUCAUAUUUUCACGUGAUAAUUACGUGGUGCAGGACCAGAUGACUAGACGAACCUUGGCUGUGGGAAGAUUGGUUGGAAGCUUAUAUGUGCUUGAUAGUCACUCAUUUGAUACAGAUGAAAUAAAGAAGUUCUCCAUGAAAAGCAAAACAGAGAUUUGCCAUAAUGCUCAUAGCAAUGAUGCUGUGCUAUGGCACCGACGACUUGGACAUACUCCUCUACUUGUAUUAAGGCAUACGAAUGUUAUUAGUGGUAGCAGUUGUGAGUUGGGUAUUUGUAAUGUCGGCCCGUUAGCCAAACAACAAAGACUUCCGUUUCUAUCAAGUGAAUCAUGUUCUGAAAAUACGUUUGAUUGGAUACACGCGGAUAUUUGGGGUCCUUAUUCUCAGUUUUCGAUUUCAGGGUAUAAACUAUAUGAUUUGGAUGAUAAAGUGAUUUUAAUUUCCAGAGACGUCAUCUUUCAUGAGAAUUGUUUCCCUUACAAAGACAUUUCAGAAUCUGAACAUGCCGUUCCUCUACCUAUCUCUGUAUGGGAUGAUGGUGCUUCUUCGGGCCAGAGUUCGCCUAUAGCAGAACGUAGUUCAACACCAGUUGAGCCUGUGCUUGAUUCUCAUCACACCAGUCCACAUAUUUCAAUACAGCAACAUGAAGGUACAUCCUUUGUACCCGUUUUGCGAAGAUCUUUGAGGCAAGCGACCAAGCCAUCUUGGCUUAAUGAUUUUGUCUGCGGCGUUUCUGAUGCUUCUGCUACUCCACCUAAAGUAACCUUUAUAACACCCUUACACCAUGCAAUAAUGCAAGCUAUCACACCUCUACGGGAACCUACAACGUACCUAGAGGCUAAUGCAUCACCAGAGUGGCGAUAA